GGAGACAUGAGAGCAGAGCACCUCCGGUUUGAAGCCUGUCUGCUCACAAGUAAGAACUGCUCUUUGAGUGAGCUGGACUUUUUUCAACUCUCUUUCUUGAGAGAAAUUUAAAGACUGGGAGACUCAGUCUCCAUCAUGUGGAACACCUCUGAUGCCAACUUCUCCUGCUACCAUGAGUCUGUGAUAGGCUAUCGUUAUGUAGCAGUUAUCUGGGGGGUGGUGGUGGCUGUGACGGGCACCGUGGGCAACGUGCUCACCCUGCUGGCCUUGGCCAUCCAGCCCAAGCUCCGUACCCGCUUCAACCUGCUCAUCGCCAACCUCACAGUGGCCGAUCUGCUCUACUGCACCCUUCUCCAGCCCUUCUCUGUAGACACCUACCUCCACCUGCACUGGCGCACGGGUGCCACCUUCUGCAGGGUCUUUGGACUCCUCCUUUUUGCGUCCAACUCUGUCUCCAUCCUCACCCUCUGCCUCAUCGCCCUGGGACGCUACCUCCUCAUUGCCCACCCAAAGCUCUUUCCCCAAGUUUUCAGUGCCAAGGGCAUAGUGCUGGCCCUGGUGAGCACCUGGGUGGUGGGUGUGGGCAGCUUUGCUCCCCUCUGGCAGAUCUAUAUCUUGGUGCCUGUAGUCUGCACCUGCAGCUUUGACCGCAUUCGAGGUCGACCCUACACCACCAUCCUCAUGGGCAUCUACUUUGUGGUUGGGCUCAGCAGUGUCGGCAUCUUCUACUGCCUCAUCCACCGCCAGGUAAAGCAGGCAGCGCAGGCUCUGGAUCAGUACAAGCUGCGCCAAGCAAGCAUCCGCUCCAACCAUGUGGCCGGGACAGAUGAAGCCAUGCCUGGUCGUUUUCAGGAGUUGGACAGCGGGCUGGCAUCGGGAGGGCCCAGCGAGAAGAUUUCAUCUGAGCCAGUCAGUACUACCACCACCCACACCCUGGAAGGGGACUCAUCAGAAGUGGGGGACCAGAGCAACAGCAAGGCCGCUAAGCAGAUGGUAGAGACAAGCCCUCCAGGAGUGCCUGCCAAUGCCAGGCCAACUAAAGUAGCCCUGAAAACUCAGAAUUCUCCAUCAGAGUUUGGGAAGGUGACUCGGAUGUGUUUUGCUGUGUUCCUCUGUUUUGCCCUGAGCUACAUCCCCUUCCUGCUGCUCAACAUCCUGGAUGCCAAGGUCCAGGCUCCCCGGGUUGUCCACAUGCUUGCUGCCAACCUCACCUGGCUCAAUGGUUGCAUCAACCCUGUGCUCUAUGCAGCCAUGAACCGCCAGUUCCGCCAAGCCUACAGCUCCCUCCUAAAACAAGGGCCCCAGAGUUUCCGUAGGUUCUAUUAGAACCGUACCCCCAGUCACCAGAAUCUGGUAUCUCCUCCAGAACUAAAGUGGGCAGCCAUUAUGGGAGUAGAUGAAAGUGAGCCCUGUGGGCAUUUUCACAGAAACCUCCCCCAAACCCCUAAACCAGGCCUCUCCAUUCCUUGCUCAACAUUCCAGCCUUAGGAUGCCCAAGGUGCAUCAAUAAUUAUUAAUAAAAAUUAUUAUUAUUAUUA